AACGCACUCGCUGUCUCCGGAGAAAUAGAGGAGAAGAAGAAGAAUUUCGUAACCGGGGGAAGUUUUUGUUUCCGUGCCAGUCCCGACUAUCUGUCAUUUGGAGUUUUUGUUGUUUUCCAAACGGCGAUCGGUUGACCGAUACGUGUGACACGAUUUUGUUAUUUUCGACUGCGACACUUUUUUUAACAAGAACGACAUUUAAAACGGAUUUAUUUAUUUUUAUUUAUUUAUUUUUUUACCUUCCGCACGGAGACAGUUACUAAGAGACUUAAACAACGGGAAUAAUUCACGAAUAAACACACAAUAUUCUCCAUUGUAAAGUCUAUUGGCUGCAGUCAUGAUGGUGUAUGACUUCCCACUGAAGACAGACAUGGAGACGUCUCUCUAUCAGUCUUAUCCCUCGGUAGUGAACAGCGUUAUUUUCACCCCCCACCCCUACCACCCCACACAAUACGCACACACACACACCUUCUCCCCUCACACACACUCACACACGCCCAGUCCGCCAACCCCACCUCAAAUACACAACUCGAACCAGUCGACUUGUCGGUCAGCAAACGACCCUCUCCCUCCUCCUCCUCCUCCUCCUCCUCCUCCUCCUCUCCCUCCUCCUGUUCUUCCACUUCCUCCCCGUACAGUCGUUCCUCCCCCCAGCCCCCCCCCUCCCUCCAUUACCCCGUGUUGUUAGGCUCCGGCCCCGGGGUCGUCCAGGGUUCAGGGGUCAUGCUGUCCCAGGUCAUGCUGCAACCAUUGUCCAUCCUCUACCCCUCCUCCCCGCUGCACCUGCCUCAGCCAAUCGCGGUCAACCGCACCGUCGCUGGCGACGACCACCAUCAUCAUCAUCAUCAUCACCAUCACAGUCCGACAGGAAGCUCACAACAUCAGACAGCAUCCUCCAUGAAGUCAGAGCUCAGAGGCGACGCCCACCACAAGCUAAUCAAAACGGAGCAUGCCCACGACUCAUACAACCAGGAAAUGACCUCAUCGGUCAUUAGCGCGCCACAGUCCUAUAGCGAUAACAACCCGUCUGUGAUCGUCCAUUCUGGGGGUAAUCACCCGUUGCCAAUCGAGUCUCCAGACUCGAUGAAGAAGAGACGAAUCCACCGUUGUGAUUUCAACAGCUGCAACAAAGUCUACACCAAGAGCUCUCAUCUGAAGGCACAUCGCCGCACACACACAGGAGAGAAGCCCUAUAAGUGCAUGUGGGAGGGGUGCACGUGGAAGUUCGCCCGUUCGGACGAACUGACUCGUCACUUCCGUAAACAUACGGGCGUCAAACCGUUCCAGUGUCCCGACUGCGAACGCAGCUUCUCCCGUUCCGACCACCUGGCUCUACAUAAGAAACGACACCUGCUGGUCUGAAAGGCAACGCAACGGCUGUGAAACGUCUGUUCGACACACAAGGCAUCGCGAACGCAGCCCGUUGGAUAGUUGGUCCAUACCGACCCCAAGACAGGACCGUUGGACAGAGAGACCCGGGACUUAAACAUCCUCUGUCUAUCACUUUAUUCAGUCAGCCAAUCAGCCGUCCUCUUCCUCUCCACUCCUCCACCUCUUCUUAGUACAAGUACUCCCUGUUGUCUCCCAGUACUCCCCGUUGUCUCCCAGUACUCCCCGUUGUCUCCCAGUACUCCCCGUUGUCUCCCAGUGCUCCCCGUUGUCUCCCAGUGCUCCCCGUUGUCUCCCAGUGCUCCCCGUUGUCUCCCAGUGCUCCCCGUUGUCUCCCAGUGCUCCCGUUGUCUCCCAGUGCUGAAGGCGGAUGGUGUUCGUAGGCCCAGAUCUAGGAUCAGCUAAACCUCCAGACGUCUUGACCUUAACCAUAGAGAUAGACAGAGGUCUUAACCAUAGAGAUAGACAGACAUCUUAACCAUAGAGAGAGACAGACAUCUUGACCAUAGAGAGAGACAGACAUCUUAACCAUAGAGAGAGACAGACAUCUUAA